UGACUGUCUCCUCCAGACAUCGCCAUACUGCCUUAACAGACGCACCUUCCUAACCGCUGCGAUCAUCUCGAUAAACUAAUACUACUCACCAACACCCGAUACGCAUCCAUCGUCUCGUAAUACAUAUUGCCGAAUACUCCGCCCACCCAGAAAUCAAGUCCCAAGAAGCAUUCAUUCAUUCACCCAACAUGUCUAAUCGAGCCCUUGCCCGAGACAUGCAAGUUGAGUUUCAGGCUAGGUUCCAAGCCAAGCAGGCCCGACGCGAAGCACAAAAGGCUGCCAAACAGGACCCAAUACUGAAGAAGCAGAUUCAGGAUCUGCUCAAAAAGGGUGAAACAGCAAAGGCAUACCAGAAGGCCAAGAUGCUCCUAUCUAAGCAGGCUUUGGCUCAGCAGAUGGACCAGAUGGCGGAUAUGGCCGAGCUCUCUGCCGCCCAGAUCCAAGCCAAUAACUCAAUGAAUCGCAUGACGCACAUGAUGGGCCAGUCAUCACGUACCAUGUCUAUGGCGCAGAAGAAUAUGAACCCCGAAAAGACCCUCGUCACCCUUGAGCAAUUCAAGCAACAGAACGAAGAGUACGCCGUGUCCAACGGAAUUUACCAAGACGCCAUUUCGCAAUCUACAAGUGCGCAAGUCUCUGAGGACGCCGUCCACGAGCUCCUGGGCAAGUUGGCCGACGAUGCUGGUGUGCAGCUCAAUGCGGAGCUCAACAGUGCGACGCCAGCCAAGGAGGAGCUCGUCUCCAACGAACCCACCGCCGAGGAGGAAGACGCCUUGCAGCAGAGACUACGUGCUUUGAGGGCGUAAAACAGGGAGAGGCAAUGUCGGGUUUGAGGAAGCUGGAAGGACAUCACUCAUUUUGACGUUGGGGAUCAGGCGUUUUCUGGUCGUAGGCAUAUCAACGAUAUGCAUUUCUUUUGGC